AUGUCACCCAGAAGUGAGUGUGUUGAACUUCACUUCGUUGCACUUCGUUACGUUCAACUGUUUAUAGAUCACAGGAGGUUUAUAGGUUACAGGUGUGUUGAACUUCACUUCGUUGCACUUCGUUACGUUCAACUGUUUAUAGAUUACAGUAGGUUCAUAGGUUACAGGUGUGUUGAACUUCACUUCGUUGCACUUCGUUACGUUCAACUGUUUAUAGAUUACAGUAGGUUUAUAGGUUACAGGUGUGUUGAACUUCACUUCGUUGCACUUCGUUACGUUCAACUGUUUAUAGAUUACAGUAGGAUCAUAGGUUACAGGUGUGUUGAACUCCACUUCAUUGCGCUUCGUUACAGUAGGUUUAUAGGUUACAGGUGUGUUGAACUUCACUUCGUUGCACUUCGUUACGUUCAACUGUUUAUAGAUCACAGUAGGUUUAUAGGUUACAGGUGUGUUGAACUUCACUUCGCUGCACUUCGUUACGUUCAACUGUUUAUAGAUUACAGUAGGUUUAUAGGUUACAGGUGUGUUGAACUUCACUUCGUUGCACUUCGUUACGUUCAACUGUUUAUAGAUUACAGUAGGUUUAUAGGUUACAGGUGUGUUGAACUUCACUUCGUUGCACUUCGUUACAGUAGGUUUAUAGAUUACAGGUGUGUUGAACUUCACUUCGUUGCACUUCGUUACGUUCAACUGUUUAUAGAUCACAGUAGGUUUAUAGGUUACAGGUGUGUUGAACUUCACUUCGUUGCACUUCGUUACGUUCAACUGUUUAUAGAUUACAUUAGGUUUAUAGGUUACAGGUGUGUUGAAUUUCACUUCGCUGCACUUCGUUACGUUCAACUGUUUAUAGAUUACAGUAGGUUUAUAGGUUACAGGUGUGUUGAACUUCACUUCGUUGCACUUCGUUACGUUCAACUGUUUAUAGAUUACAGUAGGUUCAUAGGUUACAGGUGUGUUGAACUUCACUUCGUUGCACUUCGUUACGUUCAACUGUUUAUAGAUCACAGUAGGUUUAUAGGUUACAGGUGUGUUGAACUUCACUUCGUUGCACUUCGUUACGUUCAACUGUUUAUAGAUUACAUUAGGUUUAUAGGUUACAGGUGUGUUGAACUUCACUUCGUUGCGUUCAACUGUUUAUAA